CGAUACAGCGACAAUACAGCGAGCCUCAUGUGCGAACACUGUUUUUGGAUUAGCUAUGCGCUCAUCCUUCCUAUCAGGUGUUCGUUAUCUGAAUUUGCGCUCGAUCUGGACACUUGGUAUGAGGUAUUCCGCUUGUUGUUCCUACAAGCCGAAGGGAGCGAAGCGCAGCCUUACAGCUCUGAACUCCUCACUCAGAUCGAGAUCUGCGCGGAGGCAGAUCAUGACACAAGAAGCAAGCAUUCUAUACCUGGUACUGAAUUGUACCUCCUGGCAGCAGACAUCGACAAACAUCCGCCAGGUGUUGGCGAAGUGUGUCACGAUCGCAAUGAAUCAGAAGCUGUGCCGAUGAGAGGAUAAGCUCGAACGAAUCUAGAAACCACUGCAGAUCAUGUAUCUGAAAGCAGUGCCCCAAAGGGCUUGUAAAAGCAAAAUCGCUACGUAUCGGCACUACUAUUGAGUAAUGUCGAGACCGGCCAUCUUUGAGGUUGGCUUGUAGUCGUGUUCGAAGCCCAGGAUGUCAGAGACUAGAGAGGAUUCCGUCGCAAAGGCGGGAAUCAGCUGGAGAUCAUUCGUUUCAUCCUCUUACAAGGAGCUCACGUCGACCACGUAAUGUAUUAGGACGAUUUCACGUCGUACAAUGUACAGAAGGCUUUCGGACUGGGG